UUUUACCUUGACCUUUCUUAUUGUUAGAAUGGAUUACUCGUCUUGUUAGGGUAUUAGCUCAACCUUUGCCCUAACGAUAACAAGCAACCGGCUCAGUUUUUAUACAGUUAUGGCUUUUGGCGUGGAUCUGUCUCUAAAAAAUGCGCUAAUUAUUGCUGUCCCUCUGUUUAUUUCGUGGGCAAAGUAUAGAGGUUUGGAAUAUAUUAUAAAACACUACCGAUGGGUUUUUGUGUGCCUUUUUUUAAUGCCAAUAUCUGUUGUUUACGAUGUGUUCAUGUUCAUCAGAAAUUGGAUUGUUUUUAAACUUAAUUCUGCACCAAAACAGCACGUGAACAAAGUAAAAUAUGUGCAGCAACAGGUUAAGCAAUGGAACAAAGAUGGAAGGAAAACCAAGAUGUGCACUGCCCGUCCUGGGUGGGCAACGGUCAGUUUCCGGAGAGGGCUGUACAAGAAACAGCUGAGGAACAUUGAGGUCAACAUGAUUGACAUCCUGGAAAUAGACGAGACGAUGAGAACCGUGCGGGUGGAGCCACUGGUGACGAUGGGACAGGUCACAUCAUUUCUCAACCCCCUGGGGUGGACUCUACCUGUAUUACCAGAACUGGAUGAUCUCACAGUGGGUGGUCUGAUAAUGGGGGUGGGUAUAGAGACCUCCUCCCACAAACACGGGCUGUUCCAGCAUUGCUGCGUGUCCUACGAACUGGUGCUGGCUGAUGGGAGUGUGGUGACAUGCUCCGAGACUGAGAAUCCAGAUUUAUUUUAUGCUGUACCUUGGUCCUAUGGCACACUAGGCUUUCUAGUGUCUGCUGAAAUCAAAAUCAUUCCAUCCAAGAAGUACGUAAAGAUGGAGUACUUCCCAGUUCACUCCAAGGCAGACAUGGUGGAGAAGUUCCGGGAGCAGACUAUGCUGAAAGAAAACAACGAGUUUGUGGAGACGUUGGCGUACUCUCUAGAUAAAGCGGUGGUGAUGACUGGAAAUCUCACAGACGAUGCAGAACCCGACAAAAUAAACCCUAUUGGACACUUUUGGAAGCCCUGGUUCUUUAAACAUGUGGAGGGAUUUUUAACCACAGGACCAGCUGUAGAAUAUAUUCCCAUCAGACAUUACUACCAUAGACACACCAGGAGUAUAUUCUGGGAACUACAGGACAUAAUUCCAUUUGGAAACAACCCCAUCUUCAGAUAUUUGUUUGGUUGGGCUGUUCCUCCCAAAAUCUCACUGUUGAAACUAACCCAAGGGGAGACAACCAAAAAACUCUACGAGAAGUACCAGAUUAUUCAGGAUAUGCUGGUUCCCCUCGACAAAUUACAGGAAGCCAUGGAAGUGUUUGAAAAGGAAAUUAAGAUGUACCCCCUUUGGCUUUGUCCAUUCAUGUUGUAUGACCAACCUGGCAUGGUGCAUCCAGCUAAGAAAGGGAAUCAGAUGUAUGUUGACAUUGGGGCUUACGGUUCCCCAAAAUCCAACUCGUGGGAAGCUGUAAAGACAACUAGAGCUUUGGAGAGCUAUGUCAUCAAAGCGGGAGGGUUUCAGAUGCUGUAUGCUGACAGCUACCUAACCCGAGAGGAUUUCCGGAAGAUGUUUGAUCACUCUCUGUAUGAUAAAAUGAGGCAGGAACUGGGCUGUGAAGAGGCAUUCCCAGAGGUUUACGACAAAGUGAACAGAAAAGUGCGAGAUUAAAUCACUGAGGAACAAGAAAUUCAUGCAGAGCUACCAAUCAAAUGCAUUUUCUCUCAUUUUAGAUUUUAUUCUUUACAUUGACUUUUUUUUUUUUCAUUUAAAUAUUAUUGUGAAACAUUGAUAAUUUUAAGUUUUCAUUUUAAAUUAUGUCUAUGGAAUUUAGAAUUUUCAGUCAAUAAGCUAAACUGUUAAGUUUAAAUCAUUAAGUUUCUAGGAAGGAAAAUGUGUCACUUCAAUCAAUAUCUGUAUGUGAACAUCAAAAGUACAUGUAUUGCCAAAAUCAAAGUGAAUAUUGCUAUAUGUUUUUAAGAGCCAGUUUGUAUAAAACUCAUGAAAAUAUGAAAUUUACCCUAUUUACUUACAAGACUUGAAUGACAAGAGAUGAUUUUGAAAUUUGACAGAGUAUAUUUAAACAUGAUAAACAUCCAUUGCUAAUUUAUUGCAUGUCUUAUUUUAGCUUUAAGAACAUUUUAAAACUGUUCAUACAAAUGUAUAUAUGGAUCAUUCCCAAAGAAAUUAUGUGCACCAUCAUUGGUAUAUUUUUCUUUGGAUUUAAUAAAAUUGCAUCCUUGAUGUACCAGAUAUAUAUAAAUCAUCUCUUUGACAAGUCACUCAAAAAUGUCUCAGAUAUUUUCAGUGAGGUUACAAACUUUUAUACAGGGAUAAUUUAUUAACUAUAUACAUAUAUUAUACACAAAAUGCAUCCAUAAUUAAUAAGAUACUUGUGAUAAUGUUGUGCUUAGCUUAUACAUGAUUAUUUUACAUCGAUUAUUAUUUUUACUUAGAUUAUGUGUAAUGUCUCAUUGUUAUUACAUGUAUUUGUUUUGAUCUGAAUAAAAUACCCGGUAUUUACAGAAGACCAGUAUACAUAAUUUCACAGUUCUUAUUUCAGUCAUUAUUCUCUCAGAUACUGUAAACCAACUUUUAUUUGCAUGCGAGAAAUUUUUUGUGAGGUUCGUGAGAGCCUCGAUCGUCAUCGCGAAUAUUUCUCAUUGUGAACUGUCCUUAUAGUCUCUGUGUCCAUUAACAACAGAACAAAAACGGUUUGAUUACGAAAAUUAAUUGUUGCAAACUACAUGUAGUUUACCCUCAGUAAAUCACGAAAUAAAGUUGUCGCAAAUAAAAGUUGGUGUACAGUUUCUAUAUAACAUUAUAGCUGUAUAUAGCUUAAUGCAUUUAUUACAGUCAAGUGAUUUUGUCACUGAAUCCGUUUACAUCUGUCAUAUAGUAAAGCAUUGCACUUUGGGAGGAACAAAUUGUCACUGUAUUGAAUGAUUAACAACUCAUUAACGCUACUUUUCACCUCAGUCACAGGUGUGCAUUACAGUUACUAGUAUAUUGUAUCAAUAAUGAGAUUGGCAAUUACAACUCAUU